UGUGACGGAAUGUUUCGGGUGGGAGUUUAUAAUCUGUGACGGAUGGUUAUGGGUGGGAGGUUGUGGUCUGUGACGGAAUGUUUCUGUUUGGAGUUUAUAGUAUGUAACAGAAUGUUUCCGGUGGGAGUUUGUAGUCUUUGACGGAAUGUUUCGGGUCGGAGUUUGUAGUCUGUGACGGAAUGUUUCGGGUGGGAGUUUGUAGUCUGUGACGGAAUGUUUCGGGUGGGAGUUUGUAGUCUGUGACGUAAUGUUUCCGGUGUGAGUUUGAAAUCUGUGACGGAAUGUUAUGGGUUGGAGUUUGUAGUUUGUGACGGAAUGUAUCUGGUGGGAGUUUGUAGUCUGUAACGGAAUGUUUCCGUGGGAGUUUGUAGUCUGUGACGGAAUGUUUCGGAUUUAUUGUUAUCUCGACAGUGACAUUGAUUUGUGAUGGUUAUCAUGACAAGUGUUCUUUAUUCGAUUUAGAAUGCAGAGACGGAUUCUACGGACCUCAGUGCUCACAUGAGUGUCCACCAAACUGUGCAAAUCGUAAAUGUGAAAUGAAUACCGGAGUUUGUACAGAAUGUCCAGACGGGUUCUUCGGACCUGUAUGUGGUGACCGGUGUCCAUCUAACUGUGGAAGCGCGGGAUGCGAGAUUUCUGAUGGAAAUUGCAAAGAACAAGUCACCACUUCAGGCAAUGCCUCCGCUGACCAAAACGGAACCGACACAAUAACAACGUGCCCUGUAUCCGUUCCAAUCCUUUCCUCUGCAGUUGGACUAUUAGUAAUUAUCUUGGCUGUGGGUAUAUUCUACCAUGUGAAGUUGAGAAAAAAACAGACAAUACGCACGGGAGACGUAAACGACCAAGAUAAUGCAUACUCUGACCUGAAUACAAUGGAACUACAGCCACCCAACAUUUACGAACAACUUUGAAAGGCCAGCAGCUUCUACUAUACAAACAGAAAUGCCACUUGAUAGAAGAUGCGACACUAGC